AGUGCAUGAAAGAGGGAAAUAGGUAAGAAAGCGUCCCAAGUAUAGACGUGCUUUUUAUAAGACUGUGUCUCUCGUUAAUUGAUCAACUAUCAUUAAUUAUAUAAGCGGUGCUUCUUCAAAAGCGCGAAACCAUGGUAAACGUGAAGAAACAGCCACGCAAAACGCGACGUCAGCAGCAGGCCGACAGGAGAGCAGUCGCGAUAAAAUUGGUGAAUCUGGCAAACGGUGUUGAGCAGCCGCUGCCUCUCGCCUUUCAAAAGUUCGUGUCGAAAGACGGAACGAAUUACGAGAUCAGCUGCAGUCGUGCAACGAGUCUGCCGGCGGAAACUCUCUCGUGGAUCUUCAGUCUGAUGGAGAAGAACAUGAAGCGUCCUUACCAGGAGUCGCCCUGGGGGUGGGACGCGGAGAAGAAGCAGGCUGAACUCUCCGAUCCUGCUGCUCUGCAUUUGGUUGCCACUUCAAACGGACAGAAUGUCGGCUUUUCGCAUUUUCGCUUCGACUUGGACGACGACAAGGAAGUUUUGUAUUGUUAUGAAUUACAGUUGGAAUCAGUAGCGAGGAGAAAAGGCUUGGGAAGAUUCAUGAUGCACGCUCUGGAGACGAUGGCCCUGCAAAACCAAAUGCAAAGAGUGGUGCUGACCGUCUUCAAAAACAACGCAACUGCCGUUCCGUUUUUCCACGCCCUUGGUUACAAGCUGGAUAGCACGAGUCCCCAGGGUUCCGAUGCACAGCACUACGUCAUCCUGAGCAAGCAGAAUUUGAGCCGUGCCGACUGAAAUUGUUUGCUGAUUCCUCCUUCUCCAGUACCUUAAUUUUUUCGUCAUCGUCUCCACCUUUUACGACUGUGUCCUGUGGAAUAGUGUGGGCAGAAUCUGGUGCGGACAGAGAUUGACCACCGACGACUUCCUGGAUGGUCCCACAUUGUGGAAGGUCAGGGGCGCUUCGCUGAUCGUCCAGUCUUCCGUGUAGCUCAAGAACUUGUUGAGAUCGACCUGGCCGCUCUCGGAGGGCGGGAACCUCGCUCUGACCGAGUCCUCGCCCCAGCAGAGGUCGAGGGCUUGCCGAUGCAGAACCAUCCCGACGCCUUUGCCCGCUCCCUCGGGAACUGGAAAGACUCGGAGGCUCACGACAUUGAGAUCGGGGGGAAGGUCGAAGCGGAGGGGGGAAAAGGAGGCGUUCAACUCGAAGGGAAGAGAGUCGGCGGCGCGCGGAUGCAGAGCGAGGAUUGGAUGGAGGAGCUCCUCGGAGGCGAGGUGAGCUGCCAGGGACAAGGACCCCGAGGGAUGAUCGGCGGGACCUGACGAGCAGGAGGCUCUACUUUUCUCCAGGACAAGGGUGAAGAGGUGGUUUGUCAGCAGAUUGUCCACGACGCCCUGGCCCAAACCUCUGUUGUCGUCUUGCAUCAAUCGACGAUCUUGCAUAAUCUAGACAGAAAUAAUUGUCUUGUAUUAUAUUGAUAUAAUUGAUAUAAUAAUCAGGGGUCGAGACCUUAGAACAGGAUUUUAAUCUCGAAAUGAAUAAAUGAGCAUUUUUUAAAAA